AUGGCCCCUGCUUUCGAGUUCGUCCAGCUCGGCCGCACGUUUGGAAAAGACUUCCAGACAAGUCAGCUGAAGCUCGACAGCGCAAGACUCCGCCUGUCGCGGUGGGGCAAGUCACUGAGUCUAGACGAUGAUGUCCGGGACACGGUAUCGCUUCAGGGACGUUUUAGGUCGGAGGCAAACGUCAAGCACGCAGAAGCCUUACUAGGCCAGAUCGUAGAACUGUUUGCGGAGGCUGAAGGCGUGUCGAACAGAUACAGGGGCCGGACAGAGCCUCAGGACAGCAGCCUCGCAGUAUACGAUCCGCAAACCAACCUAGAUCCGGCGAUAGCGAAGCUCCACGAGAAGAUGCGCCAGCUCGCCAUCGAGCGCCAGAAUCGAUCCGGCUUUCGGCGACUGAUCGAGGACAUCACCGAGCUGGUCAACGACUUAGACAACCUCUUCCCCGCCACUCAGCAGUCCCAGCGUAAGCUCUGCGACAUCGAAGUCUGUGCCAUCGGAGAAGGUGGGCCACAACUCUGGGAGAAUGGGUACAACGAUUCCAAGAUAAGCCUCGAAUGGCUGAAGCGUGUUUUUGAUGUCGAGACUAGAGCCCGAGCUAAUGGUAAACCACGAGUACUGAUCUGUGACGGCUUCGGGACCCACGAGACGCUAGAGAUCCUGGAGUUCUGCUUUAAGAACAACAUCAUCCUGUGCCGCCUGCCUUCCUAUACCUCUCACAAACUGCAGCCCUGUGAUGUCUCCGUCUUUGCGCCCCUGAAGACAGCCUACCGCGACCAGGUUGAGCGACUGAACCGCGGCGGCAUACACACAAUAGCCAAGGAGCAUUUCACUUACCUGUAUGCGCCAGCAAGGGGAAAGGCGCUAACCAAGAGGAACAUCGUUGCUGGAUGGGCUGCUGCGGGCUUGUUUCCCUUUAGCCCGGAAAGAGUGCUUCGUAACACACCAAAGCUGCCUGCAGAUCUCGUCGUCUCUGUCGCUAACGAGGUGGGAUCUUCCUCCCAGAGUAAUGUACCGCUAACACCCGCAACUCCUCUGACACCGGUGACGGCAGAGGGCUUGACAGUGUUGCAUGACCUGAUCAAACGAGAUGCUGGUGCGCCCGACGAGGCGAGCAAGCAACGCCUAGAGAGGCGUGUACAGAAGCUUGUGAGCGCCGCCAAGAUAUCUGUUGCUAAACAGAGCCUCCUCCAGGACCACAACCGCCUGCUGUGCCACAUCAACAACGAAGCCACGGUCCGCCGAACGACGCGCUCCUUAGUGCUGAGCGGCGGAAAGGGAGAGGGCAAGGUAAUGCGCUGGGAGGACCUCCAACGGGUGCGAGCGGAACGCGCUGCUAAAGAGUUGGCCGCCAAGGAGAAGGGCAAAGGAAAGCGCGGUCGGAAGCGCAAGACACCUGCGCAAGAGGUAGAGGAAGAGACGAUACCUCUGGAGAUAGAAGCGGGCUCAUCAAGGCCGAGGGAAAAAGUGUCGAAAAAACGUAGGGUCCAGGAGCCUGGGCCAUGGAGGGCACCAGUGGCGACGAUGUAUUGA